UAAAAGAAUCUCAGGCCAGGCGGAGCGCUGCAGUCGGAGACAGAUCACUUUUCAGUUCUCACCAACUUGUGUCCCUGUUAAGUUGCCAAAACGUCUUACGCAAUGAGAGGAGAUCGCGGCAGGGGUCGGGGUGGCCGAUUUGGCUCCCGUGGAGGUCUGAUCCAAGGGUACCGGCCCUUUGUCCCUCACAUUCCAUUUGACUUCUAUGUUUGUGAGAUGGCCUUCCCUAGAGUUAAACCAGCCCCUGAUGAGACCGCUUUCAGUGAGUGCCUGCUGAAGAGAAAUCAGGACCUCUCUCCUACCCCUGUUGAACAGUCUUCCAUUCUGUCCUUGGUCACUAAGAUUAACAAUGUCAUUGACAACCUAAUUGUGGCUCCUGGAAACUUCGAAGUGCAAAUUGAGGAAGUUAGGCAGGUGGGCUCCUAUAAAAAGGGCACUAUGAUGACAGGACACAAUGUAGCCGACCUUGUGGUUAUCCUGAAGAUCUUGCCCACCUUGGAAGCUGUUGCUGCUUUGGGAAACAAAGUAGUGGAGACCCUGCGUACACAGGACCCUUCUGAGGUGCUUUCCAUGUUGACCAAUGAGACUGGUUUUGAGAUCAGCUCCGCCGACGCCACGGUGAAAAUCCUCAUCACCACGGUUCCACCCAACCUGCGCAAACUGGAUCCAGAGCUUCACUUGGACAUCAAGGUUCUGCAAAGUGCUCUAGCAGCCAUUCGCCAUGCUCGCUGGUUUGAGGAGAAUGCUUCUCAGUCAACCGUGAAAGUUCUGAUCCGCUUACUGAAAGACCUGCGAGUCCGAUUCCUUGGAUUUGAGCCUCUCACUCCCUGGAUUCUGGAUCUUUUGGGACACUCUGCUGUCAUGAACAACCCCUCAAGGCAGCCAUUACCACUCAACGUUGCUUACAGGCGCUGUCUUCAGAUGCUCGCCGCAGGUCUUUUCCUGCCUGGCUCUGUCGGAAUCACUGAUCCAUGUGAGAGCGGAAACUUCCGUGUGCACACUGUCAUGACCUUGGAGCAGCAGGACAUGGUGUGCUUCACAGCCCAAACACUGGUAAGGGUGCUCUCUCAUGGAGGAUACCGCAAGGUCUUGGGACUUGAAGGAGAUGCUAGUUACCUCACUACCGAGAUGUCCACAUGGGAUGGAGUGAUUGUCACCCCAUCUGAAAAAGCCUAUGAGAAGCCCCCUGAGCGCAAGGAAGAGGAAGAUGAAGCUUUGGAGGAAGGUGGAGAGGGAGAAGAUGAAAGCAUGGAGACCCAGGAAUAAUUUGGCCUUUUUUUUUUUUUAAAAGCUGAUUUCCACCCAUUUUAUCCUGAAAUCCCCUGUACAUCUAAAUUGGCAUCUCUCCCAGUACUGCACCUCCAAGUCUAUUUCAGUAGGUGGCAAACAAGAUAAAUCAAGGACCAAAGGCAAAAACUGGCCAAUUUCUCUCUUUUCACACGAUCCAUUUUGAUGCGGUUAUUUUUCUGAAGGGACAUAGAAAUUUCCUUGAUAUUGUUUCUUUUUUGUUUGUGUUUUCUGUGGUUUGUACGUUUUUAUCACUGAUUGAACAAUUAAAGUUUUUAUUUCCACCUUUGUCCUGUAA